GGGCUGAGGGCUAAGAUCAGUUCGGGAAGGGGCUGAGGGAAGGCGAUGAGGUCUGAAAGAGGGGUCUGUGUAAAACAGGGCUGAUCUCUGUGAGGGAACCGGCUGAAGGACGGCCAUAGGAACGUCACUGUGCCACGCUGACCCACGGGAAGAGGAAAGCCGCGGGCGCGGUCUCGCUGUCUUUCCGGUUCAGUUUUCACUUUCUGUUUUUUUUCAGCCCUCGGCCCGCCCUCUCCUUCCCCUCCCCGGUGUUGCCUUCCCCUCCCUGGGGGCUGGCGUUGUUUUGCGGUCUCGUAAUGCCGCCUCGUUUCUCUUGAUUGCCUCCCCCCCCCCCCUUUCAACCCGCCCGGCCCCGGGGACCGCGGAGCCGAGCGGGGAGGGUCGGGCGGGAGUUAUGGCGUGAGGGAAAGGAACGGAGCCGAGAGGAUUAAAACCCCGAAUAUGGGAGAACGGCGGGAUGAGGCGGCCCCAGGGCCGGGAGCGGGUUUAUAUCCAGAGUCGAAAGAAUCAGGUUCCCUAUUGCAGACAGCGGUUUCAGUGCUUCAGAAUUCCUACUUGGAUUCUACAUCACAGGAUGGUUUCUGGUACAGCCAAGCAAUACUGGUGGAAAACGAUGUUUUUCUGAAUGAGCUCAAAGCUUUUGUCCAAGCAAAGGAAGCUGCUGGAUACAGCCAAGAGGAGCUUGAGGAGACCUUUGCAUUUCUUCUAUUUGACAACGAGGAAGAGGCAAAAGAGGUGUGUCAGACCGGCCUCCGUGUGAACAGCAGUUCCAUUUCCAUGCUUGGUGACCCAGCAAAAGGGGUGUAUAUUUCCAAGUAUGCAGACUGCCUUCAUCCGAGACCUUGGUAUCAUGGAAAAUCAGGCUUUAUUGUCAUUUGUAAGCUAAUUAAGGGAAAAGUCAAGGUGGUAUCUGAGAAUUACACAACCAGCUACACCUGCCCGUCUCCUGGCUAUGAUUGUCACGUUGCCAUGAGCAGGAGCAUCAUGUCAUCCAAGAGCAGCCCUUGCCGAGCCUUUGAGCAGAACCAGUACUACGUGUAUGAAGUGUCUGAAGGCAGCACUGCGGAGCGCCCCAGGCAGAUCUGCCCAUACAUAGUCAUUGCCUGCCAGUACAGGGAGACAAAGGAAAUGCCCAUCUUGGCUAGAGAGAGCCUACCUGAGCCUAACCACAAAGGGCUGUACUGCCCGUGGAGGGGGCAGCUCUCCAUCCGGGGCCAGCUUUUGUGUAACAUUGCCCUAAGGACCCCGUACAGCUCCACAAUUCCAGCACAGCUUCCUCACAACCUGGACAUUAACCAUGUCAUGGGUUUGUCUGACUUGAAGAAAAAGCUUCCAGAAGCUGCAUUUGGGAAAAGGAAUUACAUUGAGAAGGAAGUUUGUUUUCAGGGCGUUUACUUCAGUCUCUAUGAAGUGGAAAUAUCCAAUAAGGAUCAACAUAAAAUGGAUCAGCUAUUAGAAAAUCUAAGGAAAAGGGACUUGGCAAUCAUCAAAUGUUUACAAGAUCAUGGAGUUCUGAUCCUCCUGACAUCCUCUGCGUUGGCACAAGAUGAUGGAUUCGACCCCAAGGAGCCUGUCAGCCUCCUGGCCCUGUUUCUGUUCUCCUCAUCCCAAUCAGUGUGUCUGAGAGUUGAAGGGCAUAAUCUAAAACGUGAAGGGAAAGAUAGUGACAUCUCUCUGCAAAUAGCCUCUGUUUUGCCUGGACUUCGCUAUGCCUUGCAGAAAGCCUCCAAUUCUUCAUGGGGGGACGCGCUCGGUACCAACGUGUUCAUCAAACAACACUUCCAAGAAUACAUGAAGCUUGAACAAAACACACAGCAAGCCUCCAGCCAAAACACUGAAACUCCCUGUUCUUCUUGCCCGUCACCAGCUAAGGAUGAAGGUAUUAAAUCCUGCAGAGGACACUCGGAGCAGUCUUUCUCCCAGCUGCAGCAUUACCUCUCCAAUCCCAGCAGCUACACUCUGGAAAUGUCAGCUGCCUUAGAAUGCUUGGCUGGCACCGCUCAAUCUCUUUGCAGCAACUCAGAGACUGCUUGUAAAGCGGACUUCUCUUUAACUGUACCACCAGACCCAAUCCCUCCUGAUGUAAAAAGUGGAAACCCAAAGGCUGCUGUAGGGUUGGACCAGAGCAAAGGGCCCACAAAAGAUGUUAGUGCGUCUAGCAAGCUGUCGGUGAAGCAGAACAAGAGGAAAUCCAGCGAAACUGCUGUGACAAGCACCACGAAGAAAUGGUCACCCCUCAAGACGCAGAUACAUCCUGUGGGGGACAGCAGUAGGAAAACAAGAGCAAGCACGAAACUCAACAUCACGUUCUUAUUCCCUAAAAAUACAAGGCUUGUGGCCAACUCCAAUGAGCCCAUGCUUAAAUUAGCCCGUUUACAGUUUCCUCACAGAGGGAAAAGAGGUGCAGAGAUGCUGUCUGCAGAAUUUGUGCACAAAACACAGUCUGAACCUGUCCAGAAGAGAACCUCAGCUCCCAGCAGUUCUGGCUUAGAAACAAAGAGACCAAAGAUGCUGAAGAAUUCGGAUGUGAAAAACGCUCCUGUUACUGAAAGCGCCGCAAAGCCAGUGAAGAGUAAGGUGAAAAAAAGCGUGGUUAACAGGCCUUCAAAGCCUCACACCCAAAAGCCAGCAGAAAGCGAGCGGAAGGAUCCAUUCUCCAACCUCCCAGGUGAAGUUUCUUCCCAAAGCCACGCAGCAGACAGUCAGAUGGGUGAGACUGAUCCCAGCAGCAUCACUGGCCACACUUUUGACAUGAAGGGCAACGACUACGAGUCCCACGCCUUGAACUUGCUGGCAGACCUGGCUCUGGGUUCCUGUAUUCCUCCCUUUAUCCCCAUGGACAGCGGGACGAUCGCUUUGUCCUGCAGUUCAUCCACUGACUCUGCCAAGGAGCAGCAGAGUCAUUGCAAGCACAAGUCCUCACGCGGUGCUUCCGACCACGAAUACCACAGGGUAGAAAAGUUUGCAAAGGCAGCCGUCUCAUCUAGUAAAGCAUCUCUAAACCAGAAGCUUCUCCCAGCUGGAAAAACAGAAUUAAAAGACUCAACUCCUGUUCCUGGAGAGAAAAGCCUUGGGAUUAACAGCAAGAACAGCCAACAAACGUGUGUGCUGCCUCCAAGGGAGACAAUGCAGGAGGCCACCGAGGUGAACAAACACUCCUUCGUCUCCUCUGAGCACUCCUAUGCCUCGCUGAUGCAUGAGCACUCAAAGAAACACAGAGGUGUCCCCCACCCUCGGUCAGCGCCCUUCAGAAAUGGGACCAGGAGCUCCCAAGCAGCACCCCCGGUUGGGAAGGUCCUGCCUUUCUGCCACCAGAACAGCACCUGCCCACAGAGCCCCUUGGAGGCCAUGAGGGCAAGGCGCAGGAGCAGCCUGCUGCCUCCAAGGCGGAAGGGGGACUUUGCCAAGUCCCACACAGUCAACCACUGCGGUGAGACCAUGAAGGUGACGUGCCGAUGGGAGGAGGAAUAUCUCUUCCACUUGGACAGCAGGUACACCAACGAUGCUCUGGAGAAAACAGUCAUCCGUGCCCUGCAUGGGCCCUGGGACUGUGAUCUACCCGAUGAUGUGGAAGAGAUGAAGCUGAUACUUCACAUGUGGGUAGCUCUAUUCUACAGCAAGCCCAGUGAACUCUUUAGCAGCACGAGGAAAGUGGUGAAGCACAGCAACCCCAAGAAAUACGUCUCCUUAAACAGCACUGGAGACUUCUUUGAGCUGAGUGAAGACAGCGAUGAUUGCUUCGAGUUGGAGACGUGCCCUGCGGAUUCACGGUCAGACCCUGACCAGACUCCUAGAAGCUCUCUGGAUCCCAGCACACACUGCCAGGGCUGUUUCCACCCGGAGAAGAGCGCUGCAGACUCUCAGACUGAUGCUGAUGGGACUCCUGGUGUUGUUGAUAGUACGGUAUCAUCCUCUUCAGGGGAGGAGGAGCCUUCCUCCACCAGCCCAGAGAGCCCUUCCCUCACUGAACAUGCAGAUCAGAGCAACCCGGCUGGGAAAGACAGAACUGAGAAGUGUGUGCAUGACGUCUCAACUAUCACUGCAGUUGAGCCACUCAAGGAGGAGCUGAGGGAUGCUGAGAUGACCCCCAGCCCUUCUGAGGAGCUUGGCGAUGCUGGUGAACCCCAGGCUGUGCUGGGCAGGGAAAACCCACGUGGCCAAACCCUGAAUUUUAGCCCAGCUCCCCAGAGUGCUGCCCUGUGUGCUCAGCAUGGAGGUGGAGAGCAGCCAGAGAGCAUGGGGGCAGCGUGCUCAAGGGGUGACCACAGUCCACGUUCCUGUGAUUCGAUGCCCUCAGAAGCAAGUCUCAAAACUCACUCAAACCUCAUUGGGCUUGGUGAAGAAGAGAGGGAAUCACAAGAGCCCAUAGGACGUAGUGAAAAAGAGGAGGAAGAGGUGGAGGAAGGAAAAAGAGAGAAGGAAGACUCUGAAAAUGAAAGCACGAUCACAAGGCCUGUUGAUUUAGCAUUUUCAGAAAGAGGUGAUGGAGAGCUGGUGAAUUCAGCACCUCCAAAGCCCUCAGGGGCUAUGGCCACUCCAAAUGCAGGGGCAAAUAGCAUUGGUUUGGCAUGUACAGAUGAUCCUGUGUCAGUGCUGCCAUUGUCCCCCAGUCAAAACCUUGUUUGUGGGGUUACCGUUACGAGCAGCUCCCGACUUGCCAGCGAGGUGCUCAGGGAUGGUUUGGAGCAGAAAGACGAGGAUUGUGCGCCCUCUGCAGAAACAUGGGUGCUUGCUGGGAGCAAAGCUGCCUGCACAGCUGGCCCUGAGUCACCACGAGACCAGGGACCCUUCCUAACCCUGUCCCCUGACUCCAGCAUCUGCUCUGAUGGAGGAACUGAUAUGGGAGCUGCUCCAGAGAACCAGGUGGCCGCAACUCUCCUCCAAACUCCACCAAGGGGUGGCCCAGGAGGGAGCCUUUCCCAAAGGUCUUCAGGUGAUAGUGCUGAGCUCACGUUGCUGAGUGCUGCUGAGAAGCCCCCUAAGAGCAAUGAAACGAGCACAGCUGAUGCACCACAGGAACUGAAGACCUCUCUGUGUGACCUGUUAGAUUCUUCCUCCUCAGUGAGAGAAGAGGAGCCUGUUGGUGAUAUACCACCUCUUGCUGUGGCCCAGCACCAGCAGAGCUCUCCAAACAGCCCAUCCCUGCCUUCCCCCCAUCAGGACCCUUCUCCCCACGGUACUGCUGCAGACACCUGUUGCUGCUUAUUAAAGCAAAGUGAGCAGGAACCAGACUUGUGCCCACAUGGAAAGCCUUGCAAGACAGUGGUUGCUGCAGCGCUGAGUGUGGCUGCUGAGAACCCAGCUCUGAGUGGCUCCUUGAAGCCUGAAUGUGCAGAAGGAGCGAAGAAGGACUUGGGGCUGUGCCAUGCAGAGUCUACAGAGAGCUCUCCUCUGGAUAUACUCACACCUGAAGAGCCAGGAUCAAGGCCUUGUUCUCCUCUGCAUGGCCAUGAGACUGAGCCAGACCCAGUCAUUGGUGUGGACCCCAAAAUGAGUCCAGCUCCUGCUCCAGAUGCUGCCCUGAGCUCCAGCUGUGUGGAACAGCUACCACCAGAUGCUGACAGCAAGUGUGCCUGCCCAGGGAGCCCUAAGGAAUGCGAGGGAGGAAACAGCAUCCCUCCUGCCCCCCCUGCAUCAUCUGGAGCAGGGGAGUUGUUCAUGCCUAUGGGAGAGCCCACGUUUUUGUGCAGCCAGGGUGACUCCGCUGUGUUGGCUGAUCCGCACUGUGCUGAUGAAGAGCUGGAAGAGGGAGAAAUCCCUGUUCUGCCAAUCCCAACAUCACAGCUAUGUGCAGAUUCUGGAGAGAGCUCAGUGGUUAGUGACACUGGGGUCAUUUUGGAUGCUCUCCUGAAGGCAAAAUGCCUCCCCAGCACAGAAAAAUAUGUGGGUUUGAGCUGGGAAGAUCCAUCCUACAGGUCCUCCUCCAGUGACUCAGACUGGGAGAAGCACUUGGGACGCACUUCCCACCCCCUUCUUAAGCCCAGGUGUUGCCAUUGCUUGAGGUCCAUGGGUGCCACAAGGACUGACUGCGAUUCCUCAUCCUCUAUAAGCUUGGGAUGCUCAGAGGGAUGCAGCGAGGAGUGGGGAUCCCUGAGCACUGAGGAGGGCUGCUGGUGGCCCACCAGCCAAUGGAACACCAGCAGCAGACACGUGCCACCCUAUGUCAAUAUCACGGACAGCCGGGGGAUCUCCAGGGAUUACCUGAACUUCAUGGUCACCACAAAAUGCCCAGGCAGGAUGGGAAGCUCACAAGGACAGACUCAUUUACGGGAGUCACUGAUGGGGACGUGGAAAGGUUUUGAAGAAAUCACCCAGCACACUUUGGACAUGGAGCGCCUCCGUUUCCAUAAUAAGCUAAAACAGAUCCUAAGGAGUGGGACACCACCCCUUUCUACCUCCAUUUUUCCUAGAGACUGCUCUCCCCAGGAGUCACCUGUGCGAGGAGCCCCUCACUCCUCGCGGAGCAGGAGCCCUUUGCAGGUGACAAUCCUGCCCUCGGACGCAAGGCCACGCACCCUCAGGUCCCACCAGCGACGCAGCCACCGCAGGGACCCCUCCCAUUGCACCCCAUCGUGGGGCACCUGUGGGUGGCAGAGGAGCAGAGCCAGCUCCCCAGACCAGGGCUGUGCGGCUCCUUUCCAUCUCAGCAAGCUCAAAUAUGAGAAUAAACUGAAGGACUCCCGUGAGGACAUCUCGGUUAUCCUCAAUGAGUACGCAGAGUUCAAUAGGGUGAUGCUGAGUAGGGUUGACACGGAGGGUAAGAGCAGAGGGAAGGGUUUGGCACAGGGGGAGGCCAUCAGCUCUCGGCGCCGUGUGUCCCUCCCCAGGCAGGGUGCUCCCUUUGAGGAUGUGAUCACGGAGCUGUGCAACACGCUGCAGUUCCGCCUGCGCAGCAUGGCCGAGGAGGCGUGCAGGCAGCCUGGGAUGUUCUACCUGGUGGAGACAGGAGAGGAACCCUUCUUUGCAAGAGUGAAGACGUUGCUGAAGAAAGAUGGCCACGUGGAGGUGGAACCUCUGAGCUUCUGCAGAAUGAAACACCGGGACACCAACUGGCUGCUGGUCAUCAUCAGGAACGAGGACAUCUCCUCACACAUUCACAAGGUCCCGUGUUUGCUGAGGCUGAAGCACUGUCCCAGCGUGGUUUUUGCUGGAGUGGACAGCCCUGAAGACAUAACAGAUCAGACAUACCAGGAGCUGUUCUGUUCUGGUGGCUUCGUGGUGUCAGACGAUGAGCUGUUGGAAAUGGCGACGUUGGGGCAACUGAAAGAAGUGGUGAAGGUCCUGGAGAAGCUGAACAGAAGCGGGAGGUGGAAGUGGUUCCUCCACUACAAGGAGAGCAAAAAGCUCCGAGAAAACAUCAGGGUGGACACUAUCGCCCAUAGGAAGAACUUGAUCCUGAAGUCAUGCCAAGACCUCAUUGAGGUGCUGCACUACCACGCGUGCGACUCCAGCUCGUCCCCCAGAUCCGAGUGCAUGAAGUGCUUGUUGAACCUGCAGGUGCAGCACGUCGGCGCCAGGUUCGCGGUGUAUCUCACAGAAAAGCCCAGCGUCAUCAGAAACGUCUUUGAAAGCAAAGGGAUCCUCGUGGCUGACAUCAGCACCUUCCUAUGGAUGGCAGAGAAAUUGGCUGCCCCAUUUAGGAGAAGCUGUUGCUCUCCAGCCUGUCCAGGUCCUGCUGAAUGGCAGCACAGCCUUCAGGCAUGUCUCCCAACUUCGUAUCAUCAUCAAACUUUCUGAGGGUGGUCGCUAUCCCCUCAUCAAGGUCGUAAAUGAAGAUCACCAGGAGCAGCUCCUUGGGGCUGGCAAGGAGUUGGCACACAGCAAUAACCUGUGUCAGCAUCUCUUGACUUGUAGAUGAUAAAGCCGUGCUAUGGGGCAGCUCCUCUCCAGGCCCUACAGCGCUGCUUGGGGUCUUCCACCCUCCAUAGGACAUCCUCAAAGCACACAGUAGCAGGGGAAGGGUAGCUUCAGUUCUGUAUAUAGGAAUUAUUUAAAGAUGGCUCAGUGCAAAUCCUCUUGCAGAUUUGCUUCGUGCCAUCGAGUCGGGUGUAGGACAGAAGUUAUGUUUAACGUUAGUUUUUAAGUUAUUGUGGUGGUUUUUAAGCGAUUAGUGCAGCUGACAGUGAAAGAAAUAGGAAAACAAAACGCCGUUUACUGGAGGGGUAGAAGCAAUACUACGAGCUCUGGCUUUCCACGACUGUUACUGUACACAAGUGCAUGUGUUGGAUGCUGGGGGGGGAGGUGGGGUUGUAUUUUAAAUGCCGUUUGGGGACCAUUGUCCGACUCUGAGGAAGCAUAAAUCCACUCUACACUACAUUUCAAGUCACCCACGUUACCUCUGGGCUCCAUUUCACUGCAGGGUUGUGAGUCUCCUCCAGCAGCUGGAAGGGCUGGAACAGAAUCUUAUUUAUAGUAGCUCAGACCCACCAUGAAGAAAACAGCAUAAGGACCUUUGUAAGAUUACCCUCUGUAUUCAAGUGGAGAACAUUUUGUCCUUUGUUGUUUGGGGUUUGUUUUUUUAAUGGAAUGACAUAAACUGUACAGGAUGACUUUGUACAUAGUUUGACUAAUAAAAGCCUGAAGCUUUCCUA